CUUGCCAGGGUCGGACUGAAGCUCAAGAAACGACAAGGAGAAGCGAACAUCUGGCUGCACAUCAUGAAAGGACGUCGGAGCGUAUAGGACGAAAACACGACGAACUGGGGGGAAAUCUAUGUUAUGAAGGAAGAAUGGAGUUCCCAGACCAUAGCCGCCAGUUACUGCAGUGUCUGAGUCAGCAGCGUCACCAAGGUUUCCUCUGUGACUGCACUGUUCUUGUCGGCGAGGCUCGAUUCAAAGCGCACAGAGCCGUGCUGGCCUCCUGCAGCAUGUACUUCCAUCUCUUCUACAGGGACCAGCUAGACAAAAGGGACGUUGUGCAUCUCAACAGUGACAUUGUGACAGCCCCGGCUUUCAGUCUGCUCCUUGAAUUUAUGUAUGAGGGGAAGUUGGAAUUCAGCACUCUGCCGGUGGAGGAUGUCCUGGCUGCAGCCAGUUACCUCCACAUGUAUGAUAUAGUGAAAGUGUGCAAAGGCAAGCUUAAAGAUAAGGAACUUUGCUCCCUGGAUGAAAAGAUGAGCGAGGGCUUAGGCUUGAGCUGUCUGGACAGGGAAAAUUCCUCAGAUGGCGAGCUGCACAGUAAGCAGCUCGGCCGGCGACAGCCCCAGACACAGGCUCAGGGGCUCCACAGGGCCCCCCCGGCAGAGGAGUUUGACAUGGACAACAGCGAAGUCAGGCUGGCUGUCACAGAUUGUGAUAGGUCUGCGCAGAGCAGGCAGAAGGCGAACGGUCACUCUGGCAGGUCCCCGGACCUUGUAGGUGUCAAUUAUGUGUCAGCAGAGGCCGAGCCCUGCGUCCAAACAGCUGGAAAAACAAAAGCUGAUGUCAGUAGUUCCACCGUAUCGCUGUCCCAGAGGUCCCGGGCUUCAGAUGACAUGGACUGUGCACUGGAUUUGUCUUUCAAGCCUCUGUCUAGCAGAGAUCCCUUACACCCCUCCUAUGUCUCGGGACAGCUGGCCCUCGACAGCCAGCAGCAGGGCACUGAGCCACUUGUUAAAGACGAACACGACUUGCUGUCAGAGCAGGAGGACAGUGAGCCGAUGAGCCCGGAGAGCCAGCGCUUUGGGAAUAGUGCCAGGAGCUCAGUGGUGACAGGGUUCGCUGCCCUCUUCCCAGGCAACAACGGCUCCACAGCCGCCCUGCUCUCCCAGGAGGAGGACCUGAUGGAGGAGGAGGGGGAGGCCUGCAGGGGGAGGGAGGGCGCUUCAGGCAGGGAGGGCGAAGAAAGGAGGGGUAGGCUGCUGGGGGACAGUGAGGAGGAGGAGGAGGAUGACUUGGCCUCCUCAGACAUCUCCACCUCCAGCGGGGUGCUCCUGCCCCCGGGGCAACAGGUGUGUGUGUGCCCCCUCUGCAGCAAAGUCUUCCCUAGCCCUCACGUGCUGCAACUGCACCUCAGCUCACACUUCCGUGAGAAGGACGGCGCACGUUCCAAACUGUCCCCGGACGGCUCGGUGCCCACCUGCUCGCAGUGCGGGAAGACCUUCUCCUGCAUGUACACCCUUAAGCGCCACGAGCGCACACACUCUGGUGAGAAGCCGUACACCUGUGGCCAGUGCGGCAAGAGCUUCCAGUACUCUCAUAACUUGAGUCGGCACGCUGUAGUUCACACGCGCGAGAAACCUCAUGCUUGCAAGUGGUGUGAGCGGCGCUUCACCCAGUCUGGGGACCUCUACCGCCACAUCCGAAAGUUUCAUUGUGGCCUUGUUAAGACUCUCGCCAUUGGAUAAAACAUGCCUCUCACCAGUGCCAUGACAUAAGACAGAGUAUGUCUUUUCAUAUAUGUACUACUACUGAACAGUUUCCCCCGUUAGUAUACAGUUUGUUGGAGACAUGUGACAUAUCCUUUUGGAAUUCUACCCCAUGUGGCAUUUCACAAGUUGAAGAUGUAGCAACUUAAAAAAAAACAAACAAACUGGAAGUGUAUUCUGUGCUGAGCUAUGUCAUAGGCAUACAUGAUGGUCAGAGGCAGACAGGUGAAGAUGAACAGGCUGUAAAGAUUAACAUGGGUGCUGUGAAACUCCAGCUGGAUCUGUGUUGAAGGUGAACAAAUCAGAUGAUGCACUUGUUUAUUUCUGUCUUGUUAGCGUCACUGUUGAGUUUAGUGAGGAGUGUAUUUGCUGAAAGAAAGGCAUCCUGUGUUCAUACUUUAUGGGUGAAUGGAUGAUAGCUAAUGCUAUUAAUGUUUGUUAAUACAAUCGUCUGAAUGAAUGAGACUUUAUUUGUGCACAUGGGAGAACAGAACCGUCCGUGAGUAGCAAUAUAUGAUUUUUUUUAACUCCUACAUUAUUUAUUUUGAGACGUGUGUAGUCCUUAACAAGUACACUAUCAUACGGCAGCAAAAUUAAGCUUGACUACUGGAAGUAUGAUUUUUUUUUUUUUUCUUGGAAGUAGAUUUUUAUUUUGGUUGGAAUGAAGUUGGUUACAGUUUCAUGCUCUUUUUUAUGGAAGGCAACAGACCAUCACACUUUAGUUUCCACCAUGGAUCACCAACAUUUUUUAUUUGCCUCAGCCUCAGAGUUACCUGAUCUUUUGUUGCUAAUCCAAGCGAGCACAUAUCGAAGGAAUGGCCUUCUAAUUACAACUUUAAAAGACGCCGUAUAAUCAGAGGGGUGAUGGAGAGUAGUUAUUAUGAAGAUAAAAGAUAGCUACAGCUAAUGCCUGUAACAUUGGUGCCUACUGAAAUUCUUAACACCUCACCUAGUGUACUUAAACAAGAAUAGGAUCUAUUGCCAUGCCUUCUUCAAGUUCACCUAGUAUUUGGGUGUUUUUUUU